AUGUCGUGCAGUCUAAGUCAGAACUAUGAAUCCUUUAGUAACCAAGAAACAAUUGAAAAAGUAAGCCAAAGAAUUUCUAAGAAAGAAUAAAUGGAAAUGAAAAGACAGUUGGGUGUGAUGGUUAAUAGAGUUAAAAUGUUGGAAGUGUUUCGAUAAAGACUAUAAGGGAAACAGAUAUAAACAGAAUUGAAGAAUGAAUAAGUAAAUAGUAUUAGAAAUGAAUAUAGUGAAUACUUGAAGUAGGUAUUUUAUAAGUUAUCUAUUUAGUAAAGUAAACAUAAAGAAUCUAGAGAAUAAUCACUUGAACUUUUUAGGGAAAAAACGAAGCUUUUAAAACAAUAACAAUUAAAUCUUAAAGUUUAAAUUCGUUAAAGUGUGCAGCAAUAGAAGAAGGAAUAAUUUGAGAUAAUGAAGAAGCAAUCCUUAAAUCACGAUAAAGUUAUCAUCCUCCAGAAGGAAAGAUCAAAGUCUUACAAUCUAGAGAAGAAACAAAGGGUUCAACAAUAUGAAUAGUAACAACAAUUAAACUUAGCUAUGUACAAAUAGUAAAAAUAAGAUCAAUUCAAAUCUUAACACAAGAAAGCAGUCCUCAAUAGCUAUAAGUAAAAGGCUUAGGACUUCAUGAAAAUACAAUUAUUGUGGGAGAAAGAAUAAGAUAUACUAGAUUAACUAAAUGAUUCUUAUCAUUCAAGAUUGACUUCUUCAAUGAUAAAGAACUGA